AUGAGGAAGGUUUCGGUGGUAGCAUUGAUUCUGUGCGUUAUCGGAAUUGUGUCCGGCGCACUCUUGGCGGUUGACUAUGGUCAGGAAUACACGAAAGCGGUUCUUUUGGCACCAUCAGUGCCGAUUGACGUGAUUUUGAGUGCAGACAGCAAGAGAAAAGACGUUUCCGGAGUGGCAUUUGAGGCAGAUCUGGAUUCAGAUGGCGGAAUCAUUCGCAAGUAUGGGUUCCACGCAUUGAAUACAUGUGUGCGGAAGCCGGCAGGUUGCUUUACUUACAUAAAAUCGCUUCUUGGAAAGCCGUCAAGCGCGAAGGAAGUGACAGAAUACGCAAAUGGCCACUCAGGAAUCGAAAUUGUGGACAUCAAGCAGCGUAACAGCACGGGGCUCCGGUUCGGGAAGCAGGUGCUGUCCGUGGAGGAACUUGUGGCAAUGAAUCUCGCAGAUAUCAAGAAAAGAGCCCAGGCAAAGUGGGACGAACUUUCUCCGAACACGUACAAUGUGAUCGACCAGGUUGCUUUGACGGUGCCCCGGUACUUUACCCAGGCGGAGAGACAGGCUCUCGUGGACUCGGCAGAGAUUGCCGGGCUGAAAGUGGCAGCUCUGGUGGAUGAUGGCUCGUGUGUUGCUACAGAUUUCGCUGAGCAUCGUGAUUUUACGGCUGAGAAGCAGUAUCACGUGUUCUACGACAUGGGGGCAGGCUCUACGCGUGCCACGCUUGUGUCCUUUGCCGCUGUAAACGGAACUGUGCGUGUUGCAGUGGAGGGAUACGGAUUUGACCGAGAGCUAGGCGGACACGCGCUUACGUCAGCAGUCCGGGACAUUUUGGAGGAGAAGUUCUUGGAGCAGCAGGCUGGUGUUGGGCGCGAGGCCUUGGAGCAGGAUGCACGUGCGAUGAACCGGCUGUGGCAGGCGGCUGACCGCGCGAAGUUGGUGCUUAGUGCGAACACUGAGACCCGCGUGUCUGUAGAGAUGCUAUACCACGACAAUGAUUUCAGUUGUACUGUGACGCGUCCGGAGUUCGAGGCCCGAAUCGGGAAAUUUUUGCGACGGGUCGCGGGUCCCUUGGCCAGGGCCGUUUCGCGUGUGGAUGCCGGGGAGAUUCGGUCGGUGGUGCUUGCCGGCGGGUCGACGCGUGUUCCAGCGGUCCAGGCGCAGCUCGCGGAGUAUUUGAACGGCACAGAAAAGAUUGCGAAGAACGUGAAUGCGGACGAGGCGGGCGUUUUCGGUCUAACGGCCCGCGGGGCAGCCGUUGCCGGAUACAGGCGGCGGAAAAUCAUUGAUGUGGAGGAUAGCAUUGAGUCGAAUUUCACGGUUAAGCUGAUCCGACAGGGUGAACAGACGUUGGAACCACUUUUAGCCCGAGGCUCGGAAGUUCAGCCUGUUACCAGCCACAGGUUUGAGUCUCUAGAAAAUUACACGGGACCUUUUUCGGCGGAAAUACUGGAGAAUGGGGUUUCAUACAAGCGGUAUGAGUUUGAGGCUGCCCAGAGCAACUGCAGCGGUGGGUUGACGUACCGGGGUGCGGUGGAGGUGGCCACCGGGAAGCUUGUGGGCCUAGGCCCGGUGGAGGUUGCGUGCGGUGGUGUGGAUGCUACGGCGGACGCCCGGCAGAGCGGCCCAGUGGAGUACACCGGGGUGUGCCCGGUGGAUGGCGAGAUGCUCCGGCGGUCGGCGGGAAAGUUGGCCGUGCUGGACCGGGAGGACCGGGAGCGGGUUCAGCGGGAAGAGUUACUGAAUAGCCUUGAGUCUUAUGCUUACAGUCUGCGGUCGUACUUGGAGGAGGAUACGGUUGGGGCCCGUGCUCCGGCCGGACUUUUGCAGCGGGCUGGUGAGUUUACCGGGGAGACCUUGGGGUGGCUCGAGGGGGGAGCCGUGGGGGACCCCAGUGAGUCUACCGGGGAUGCUGCGGCUGCCCCUGGUGAGUCUACCGGGCACCCCGGUGGCGCUUCCAGGGCCUCGGUGCACCUUCUGAAAAAGCGACUCGAGCGUCUCCGGAGGUUCCGCCGCCGGCUUGCCGUGUAUGUCGACACACCAGAUGAAGACCUCAUGCCUGAAAAAUUCGUCGCUUUGUCAAAUCGGACAUCCGGACUUGUCAACCGGGUCCAGGACUACAUGAUGACAAUGUCGGAGGAUGCGGCAAGAAUGAAGGCGCAGUAUGAAAGCCUGCAGUUAGACUUCGAUGCCGCCAACAGGAAGCUCAAGUACCGGAUGAAGGAAAAGACUGAGAAGGACUUGAAGACGGCCAUGGACGAUAUUUCACAGUUUUCGUCUGUGGUGCGGGAAUUUGAACAGGACACAGCCAAGCACUCUGCCAUGUCCCGGCCACAGCUUGUGGAGUUGAGGCAACUGGCACUGGGUGGACUCCGGAAGUUGAAGAAGUCACUCAAGACUUUGCAAAGUGUUCAUGAUUUGCGACUUGGCUCGUUGAGGGAGCAGUUGGAGAUAUUUAAGGCUGAGAAGGGAUCUAAGAGUGGAUCUUCUACAAUUUUGACGUCGUCUUUAUCUUCACCUUCAUCUUCUUCAUAUUCAUCUUCACCUUCAUCUUCUUCUGCUUUAUCCUCUUCACAUUCCUCCUCUUCAUCUUCAUCUUCUUCAUCUUCAUCCUCUCCAUCUUCUUCAUCUCCAUCUUCUUCUUCCUCCUCUUCAUCUCAUCAACAUGAUGAAUUGUGA